CUUAGAUAAAGUCAAUCUAUUCUCAUCUUCAUCUUCAUCUUCAUCUUCAUCCUCAUCUUGUUAUACAUCUUUAUAAAUAUACACCUCUCCAUUGCUCUUUAAGACUUAAAAUUUACAAAACCAUGGGAAGAACUCCAUGUUGUGAGAAAGCUCAUACAAACAAAGGAGCAUGGACUAAAGAAGAAGAUGAGAAGCUCAUCUCACACAUCAAAGUUCAUGGAGAAGGAUGUUGGAGAUCCCUACCUAAAGCUGCAGGUUUGCUUCGGUGUGGGAAGAGUUGUAGGCUCAGAUGGAUAAACUAUCUCCGGCCGGACCUUAAACGCGGGAACUUCUCCGGCGAGGAGGAUGAGCUCAUCAUCAAGCUUCAUAGUUUGCUCGGAAACAAGUGGUCUAUAAUAGCCAGCCGGCUUCCGGGAAGAACCGAUAACGAGAUAAAGAAUUAUUGGAAUACACAUAUAAAGCGAAAGCUUCUCAGUCGAGGGCUCGACCCGAAAACUCACCGGCCACUCACUGGUAUCACCACUUUCCGAGCAGAGUAUCCGAAGGAGGCAAAUGAUGACUCUAGUGAUGAAGGAAAUAGUAGUACACUUAGCACGGAAGACGAUAACUCGUCUCUCAUCAACUUGGAGCUUUCGAUAAGCCUCCCAGAGAUUUCUCCAACAAUGCCGAUGAACUCGAGUGUUGAAAAAACAUCGGCUCUUAAUGCCUUAUGCUUGUGUUACAAUUUAGGAUUUCAAAGAAGCCAAGCUUGUGCUUGCCAAUACCUUCUUUAGACCACUGUAAUCUAAACUUUUGAAUUGUUAAUGGCCUUCAAUUCUUAAUGCAUUCAAUGUCUUUUGCUUUUCA